AUGGCUUCAUCGACCAAGUUUCUGAGAGAGUACAAGCUCGUAGUCGUCGGCGGAGGUGGUGUCGGUAAAUCUUGCUUGACCAUUCAAUUGAUCCAAAGCCACUUCGUCGACGAGUAUGAUCCCACGAUUGAAGAUUCAUACCGUAAGCAGUGCGUCAUUGACGACGAGGUCGCUCUGCUCGAUGUCCUCGAUACUGCCGGUCAGGAAGAGUACAGCGCCAUGCGCGAGCAGUACAUGCGAACCGGAGAGGGCUUCUUGCUAGUCUACUCCAUCACCUCCCGCCAGAGCUUCGAGGAAAUCACGACAUUCCAGCAACAGAUUCUACGAGUCAAGGACAAGGACUAUUUCCCCAUGGUCGUCGUCGGCAACAAAUGCGAUUUGGAGAGCGAGCGAGAGGUCUCCCGACAGGAGGGAGAGGCCCUGGCGAGGUCCUUCAACUGCAAGUUCAUCGAGACGUCGGCCAAGUCCCGCAUCAACGUCGACAAGGCAUUCUACGACAUUGUCCGCGAGAUUCGGAGGUUCAAUCGCGAAAUGCAGGGCUAUUCCACCGGCAGCGGCGGCAACUCGGGCCUCAAUGGCCCUCCGAAGCCCAUGGACAUGGACGAUGGCGACAGAGCAUCCCGGUGCUGCUCCAAGUGCGUCCUCAUGUAG